AUGUUUGCCAUCGAUUACGAAGCAACGUUCCUGGAUCAUAAGAGGAUCACUGUGUGUCUGUCAUGCUUAGGUUCAAACAGUGACGAAGAAACCUUUGAUAGCGUUUAUUGUUCACUAGUGACUCACUACUCAUUUACCUUUGUCCGAAGUGGUGGUUCAAAGAAUGAACGUGUAUCUGAUAUGGACAAACGCAAUUCUCUUUCGGACGCCUCUGAAGUGCACAGUGAUAUCGGGAUAUCAAGUUUUAAUACUCGUCAGCCAAUCUGGUUAAGGUUCUUAAAGGAAUAUAAUCCAAUAAAUAAUGCAUGGAGCUGUUUUCAACCUUAUCGGGCCACUGUUGGAUUGCUUGCUUUUGCCUGGUGUUCAAGUUAUUCUGAUGUAGAAUCCAAUAUCAACGAUUACAUCAAACAGAAAGAACUUUUGUCAACUACGCUUAUCAGUAGUCAACUAUUUCUGUUAUUAAAAUCAUUGAGCGAUAUAAACAACUCACUGUCAGUUGAAGAAGUAGAUGCUUUUGUAUCUGAAAAGCUGAAAAAGGAUUCAGUACUACGAAGUGAAAUUACAUGUCAUCCUUCCGAGCAUUUAUUCGCAUCGGAAAUGAUUAUUCUGAAAGAUUUCGGUUACUCUGCUGGCACAGAUGAGUGUUCCUCCGUAGUAGAUAAACCACAAAGUUCAAUCAGGCCACCAUUUAUUAAUCAUCGAAUUAGUUCAGUUCUUCAAGGAGUAAUUUCUGAAAUUUAUUGGAAUUUGAAAAAAACGCUUGCUGCUAAGUGCCCAAAUGAUAUUAAAUUAAAGAAAAAGGAAUCACAAUUGUCUAAAGAACAAACUGACUCCUCGGAUGAUCUUCUAAUGGCUCCUGAAGAAAAUGAAUCAAAGUGGAAUAUUCUUGAUGAAGUUAAACGAAAAGCUCUAGGUCGUACUCAUACAUUGUCUGCUUUAUCUGCUUUUACAGAACGAACAGGAUCAACAAGUUCUGUCAGUGCUCAAGCAGAUAUAAGAUAUAUUAAACAGAAACGAGCAACGGGGCGGUUUAGAAAAUAUUUAGGUGAUGUGUUUUUACAAUUAAGUGAUUUAGAAAUGGCACAAAUUCAGUAUAACCUGGCUAUCGAACAUUUAAAACCUAUCAAUGAUACUUUGUGGAUAGCAGGUGCGCUAGAAGGCUUGUGUGCAGUUGCCAUGUGUCAACAUUCUUCUGAUCAUUCUUCAGUUCCAAGCACAAUGCGUUCAAAAUUUCUUCAUCAGCGUCAUUUGGAUGAUCUAACUAACGGUGAAUUAAGGAAAUCACAUUCUCAGGAAUUAGAUGUGCUAGAACAUUCAACGUCAGGUUUAGAUCUUGCUUCGUCAAAACCACAUCAAAAUCUCAUAAUAUCAUCCAAUGAUUGUUGUAAUUAUGCUUUGGAAACAAUCGAGUUAUACCAAAAGGUUGAAUUGAAUCCUUAUCUUUUUGAAGAGUUCAAAUUCAAAGUUGUUCGACUACUUAUCUCUGAAUCACGAAAGCGUAAAGCUUGUGAAAUUCUUGAUUCAUUAAUCGGACCAUCUCUUUCCUCAUUUAAUACUGAGAAUCCUUGUUCACUGAAACGUUAUCUCACUAUUGUUCGUUUGUAUAAAUCGAUGAAUUUCAAUCGUAAGGCUAGUUUGGCCUUAUGGCUUUUAUCGUCAUUAAAUCGAUUGAAUCAUAUUGAAUUUGAAAAUGAAAUUUUAUUAAAUGGUUUAAAAAUUCAAUCAGCCUAUUCACCGAAUAUUACUCAAAUGAUUGAAACAAAACUUGUCAAUGGUAAUGACAAUACUAUUACGAAUAGCACUAAUAAUAACAUCUCUAAUAAUAAAGAUUUAACCUGUUUAUUAAAUGAAAAUCAACCACCAGUCAGUAUUGCUUAUCGUUUAAUUUCAAAUCCUCCAUUAUGGAGUCCAUUUGUUGUACUUGAUCAAUCACAUUGGUUAACUCGUCUCACUACAACCAUACCUAAUUCAACAAUACUAUCAACCAGUACAUUUAAUAAUAUAAUUAAAUUAAAAUCUAUGGCUAAUAUUACACGUCUUAUGAAUCCAAGCACAAAUUCCAAUAUGAAUAAUUUAUAUUCAUCAAAAUCAUGUUUAUUAUUUCGUCCAAUUGGUUGGUGUGAUUUACAAUUAAAAGUUAUGCUUUAUUUAAUUGAUGAGUAUAAAGUAAAAAUUAAUCUAGAAGAUAUAUCGGAAAUUUCAUGGGAUAUUGGAUUGAAACUUAUUGGAUACUGUUUCUCUGUACUGGACAGUUGGCCUGAAUAUACCGAAAAAACUAGUUGUAUAACUUGUAUGGAUGAUUUAUGCCGUUUAGCGGUACUUCGUUGUUCUGAUCAGCCAACUAAUUUACCCAUUAUAAGUUUAGUGAAUUAUUAUACUGGAGAAAAUGUACAUUUACGUAGAUGGCCUCGUAAUCGUCGUGUUGUUUAUUCAUCAAAUGGAUUUUGUUAUACUUUGAAUAAUGAUAAUGAUGAAGUACGAAUGAAAGUUUUUGAGAAAAAAAUGUUGGAUUUAAUAGAGAUUCCAGUACAUCAAUUACCUUUAGUUAGAGUGAUCAAUAUACCUUCACUGCCAAGUCAUCUGUUGCCACAAACGAUCUCGAAUAAUGGAGCAGAGAAUAUAGUUUCAUUGAGUAAAACUCGGACAGUUGUUAUUCGAUCAGAUCACGGUCAACCAAAGGCAACUGAAUCUAACAAUUGUGUAGAAUCAUCAAAAUCUACUGGUCCAUUUGUUUAUAAUCCUUUUCAAAUCGACAACUCUGGUGGCAAUAAACAUCCAGUAAUCGAUUGGAUUUGUGAAGAACCUGGAUUCAUAGAAUUGAUAGUUGAUAACAAGCUCCCAAUCGAUUUAAGAAUAUCUGACCUACACAUUGAAUUAAUACCAGUUAAUGUUGGAUUAUCAAGUAAGGAGACAUCAUCGAAUCGUGUUUCAUCACUGACAUCGGAUUAUGAAUCAUUAUUUGGCCUUAGUGGUUGUACUGGGAAUAAUGGAUGCUCAGAUAUUACAUCAAGUUUCAUUGAUUUAGAAGCAAUAUCUUUAAUUGUUGAAACUUCACAAUCAGUGAAAAUUCUGCCAACUACACAGUUAGAUAAUGUGUAUCUUGAAAAUAUGAAACAUCAAACAGCAAAGUUGGAUCUAACUAUAUAUCCAUAUGAAACUAGGUGGUUACCUAUUGAAUUAUAUAUUCGUGAUGAAAAUAGAGUUAAUGUUUCAAUCAAUCGUAACAACAUUCAUAAUUCAGAUGAUAAUAAUAAUAAUUUUGAUGAUAAUUACUCAAUUAAACGUAAUCUAAACUUGUUACAUGUGGAUUUAAAGUCAGCUUCAAUCAGUUCAUCAUUGUUAACCAAAUUGAAUUUAACACCAACAGAUUUUGUUCAAUGUAUCGGUUUAGAAGAUAUUCGAAAAAGUUUUCCACUUCCAGUUGAAAAUUCUGAAGUACCGAAUUCUUUAUUAAAUAUAAAUUCAGAUUAUGAUGAACGUUUUCUUCCAUUGUAUGCAACAUAUGUUGGUUUAAUUUGGUUAAAAUUUGAUUCAGAUAAAUAUUGGCAAAUUAUAACUAAUCGACUUUCUACGGAUUUUGAAUUAAAUGAAUUAAUCAAAUCUACAGAAAUACAAUCAAUUUAUAUUGAAUUAGAAAUUGAAUAUGCUCUUGAUGCAAUUAAACCGUCAUCAUUAAAUGAUCGUAAUUCGACAUCAUCUCUACUUUUAAAUAAUAAUAAUAAUAAUAAUCAUAAUCAAUCCUUAGCACGUCGAAUUUCAUUAGGAUUCAAAUUAGAAUUACUUUCAUCAAAUUUAGCUCCACUGAAAUUAACUGAUUUAAUGUUAACUUUUGAAGAUGAACCAUUAAUAAAUGAAUUUUGUUUACCGAAACAUAAACAAAUGAUAAAAUUAUUUGGUGAAAAAAUUCAAACUGAAUCAUUUCUAUAUGGAUCUGUUGAAACUAAUUUAUCGCAUACAUUUUUACCUCAGAUAUCAAUAAAGUCUGAUCAUCUUCCACAUUAUCGUCUUGAAGUAGAAUUAAAAGAGAAUUGGUCCGAUCAACAACAAUCCACAUCACCAGUACAAAUAAUCAGCCCAUGGUUAUGUCAUGUGUCUCCUGAACUAUCAGAUAGUAGUUUUAAACGAAAGCAAUCAUUAUCUUCUACUGAACUAACAAAAACCAUAUCUGAAACAACGUCAAGUUCAUCGACUUCUUCCGUUACAAAUUCUUAUGCAGAGGAUGCCUUGGACAACUUGAAGACUGCACAUCAAAUUCGUUUACCACUUAUUGGAUUUAGUGAUUUAGUGUUCAACAACCAAAUGACAAAACUUGUAAAUUUAGAACAUUUAAAGUCAAAUGAAAUAGGCAUUCCAAUACCAGUAAAAAGUGAAGUACCUGGAAGUGUUCUAGAAUCAAACGUAAAAAUAUUUUGGUCCUCCCGUGUUCAAGCACGUUGGGUAUCUGAUUGUAAAUUGGAAAAGUCUCAACCAUAUGAAAAAUCUUACUUGUGUUCUUACUUUCGUCGUUAUGGUCGAAUAAUUUUAUUUGCACAUGAAUGUCGAAUUGAUCCAAAAUGGUUUAUUAAUGAAGCCUCUUUUGUGCCAUUAUUUAAACCUUGGUAUACAUAUCCAUUCCUUAAUUCUGGUUCUGCUGCUGGUCUUCUUUGGUCAAACAAUAUUUGGAUUGAUAUGAGUCUGGAUCCACCCGUUCUUGAUAAUUCAUCAAAUGGUCGAAUUAAUUCACAGAGAAAACUUGAUCCUCAAAGUCAAUUAUGCUUACAAUGUCGUCAAGAUUAUUCUAUUGCACGUCGAACUACUGUUUGUACACAACGUCGUAUUUCAUCGAUUUCCGUAUUAUUAAAUCAAGAAUUAUUAACCAAUGUCAACGCUAAUGACGCUAAUCUAACAACAAAAAAUCAAUCAAAUAAUUUAAAAACAGAAGAAUCAUCAUCAUCAUCAUCAUCAUCAUCAUCAUUGGAACAUCGUAAAAUAUCUAUGCCAGAUUUAAGAGCUUCACAUAAAUCUACCCUGCCUAUUGAUAAUGAUGAUCUUCAUUCAUCGUCACGUAUUUGUACAUAUCUUUUCAAUCCUGUCUCGAUUUCUAUUCGAUGUGGUAUAAGGCAUAACUUUUUACAAAAUAUUUGCAUCAAAAAUGAGACAAGUGACUCUACAACUCAACUAAUGAGCCAAUCCUCUAAUUCGAUUGAUACCACAGACUCAACGCAGGAAUUUCGAAUCGAACGUGUUUGGAUGGGUCCUGCUGUAUAUAGACAUGUUCAACACAUUGGUAAUGAUGAGUAUGGAUCAACUCAAUCAACUUUAUUGGGACCAUUAAUCGAAGGAAUAGAUUAUGUUUUCGUUGGUAAAGCCUCAGGUAGUAUUGGGGUAGGUGCCUGAUUUGUAAAUGUUAAAAAUGUAAAUGUUGAAAUUGUUAAAGCCUGUUAAAUGUGAAUAAUAAGCCUUUCAGAAACGUUGAUAAUGAUCGUAUAUGUUUUUUUUUCAUAAAUGUUGUUUUUAGUUCUCUACCCCUCAAUCGUCGCCAUCUUCAUCGUUAUCAUUAUCUAGUCAAAAAUCUGAAACAUCCAUUAGUUCUAUCAUAUUUCUACGCCCUGGAAAAUUUUGGGUUUGUGGUCUAUUGGGUAUAUUACCGGAGUCUUCUAUUUUCACAAAAAAUGGUCCAUUCCGUUUACCAUCAGUUCACAGUGUUGAAACUAUUCGUUUUUCACCGAAUGGAAUCUACAUUCACGUACUUGAUUCACAUAUCUGAUAGAUUUUUUUUACACUUUUUUUUAUCGACAAGCCUUUCUUUUUAUGAAAAAAAAUAGUAAUACGUUCUUUCAGUUUCUUAGGUUAGGUUUUUUUUCCUUCGGUAUGAUUACUUUGUUCAACGUGACCGUGUCUGUUUGUCGUUGUUGUGCAAACGCAACCGGUUCCAAUAUACUUUUUUUCCUGCUAAUGAUUGUUUGACCAUAUGCUUUAAAGAGAUUUGUGUAUUUUACAUAAUUUACCUUGUCGUUUAGAUGAACAACUAACACCAUUCAAAUCAUCAUCAUCAUGUUCACAUUUUUGAACAACUGGCAAGAUAAAUGUUGAAAAAAAAGAGAGCGAAUUAUUAUUCAACUCUGAUGUCUUCUUUUUUUGGGGGGGGGGAUUAUUUCUGUGCUCAUUACUGCAAAACGUAGAUUGCACAACAUGGUUUUUAAUAAAUCUUUUUUUGUGUACGUUUAUUAUUACUUUCCUUUGAUUGUGAUAUUUUAUUAAUGAGCAUUCUUUCAAUUGCAUUUAUCCAACACUGUAAUCAAUAUUCACAAGUUGAUUACAUCAUUGACAUGUAGACCACCGAUGUAUAUGUUUGUUUGUAUAAAAAUAGACAUUAGACAAAAAUUAAGGUGACUAUUUAUUUCGUAAUAGUAAUAAUAAUAAUAAUGUUUGUUUUUAUUAUUUAUCUUUUUUCUUAUUUAUAUUUUCACUCAAUUUCUUUAACCGAAAAAAAAAAAUUGAACAUUAUACAUAUCAUAAAAAAGCCCAUUUAUUGUAAGAAUAUUUUCUUGGUUAUUCUGAAAAAUAAAAUUAAAAACAUUGAUUCAGAGUAAUCAUGUAUUUUAUUUAAUCAGUGAUUUCCUGUUUAUACAUUCCUUCCUUUAUCAAGAAUAACAUGUGUGCAAUUGAAUAAAACUUAUUUUUGUUUUCCCAUUUAAAAGUAACUUAAAAUGGUUGUGAUUUAUCAAAAUUAAUUGUUCACUAAUUUUUUUUAUACUUUUUAAAUACAACAUUGUGUUAUAAUAAAUUAUUUGU